AUGGAAAACCAGCUACGAAUAAGCUUCCUGCGUUCUCUAUCAAAAUAUUUACAAAUUCCGGUAGAAGAUACAAUCGUUGGCAAAACAAAACCACAAGUUAAAAAAAAUGUAGAGUCAAUUAUCGAAAGCUUUACUGCCGUUAGUAUUAGAUCAUCGGAACUCACCGGCACUAUUCUUUUAUAUAUUAAUGAGUUGGUCCAGCGUAAACUUGAAAACGAUGAAUAUCUGGAUGUCUUGGAAGAAAUUAAAAAGAAAUCCGAGAUGGUUAUAGAAGCAUAUCAACAAACAUUGCAACGUGCCAACCAUGUUGUCAAUAAGCUUAAUGAAAUAUCCAAAAAAUAUGUUGAUCGACUACAAAUGCUCGAAAUUGAGUUAAAAACUCAUGAAACAGAGAAUAAAAAAUUGAAAUAUCGAAAAAAUGCCUUUUUUGUAAUGGCAUUCUUCAUAUUUGUUUUUAUAAUGGCGAACGAAUUUCAGAUUGCGGCGAUAAUUUUUGUCAUCAUAUUUGCCUUUAUAAUGAGAUUAAUAGAUAGGAAAAAAUCAUUUAUACGGACUCAGAUUCAAAAAAAUUCAUCAGUUUCAAGAAACAUUACCAACGCCCACACCAGAAUAGAAUCAAUAAUCCAGGCGGCCAAAAAUAAUAAUCAAUAUUGGAGCAAAAUUUUACGUAAAGUUGAUUCGGCAUACCAGAUGCUUCAUGCACGGAAUAGUCGUAGCAGACCUUUGAAAUUGUCUGAGACUGUUGCAAAGCAAUAUAUCAAAGAAUGGGAAAAUAUCAAAGAAUCUUUUGAUAAUUAUAAUUGGAAUAAUUCUAGCACUAAUUGA